ACAAAACGUCGAGGACGUGGGCCGCGUCUCUCUUUGGGCUUUCUGCUCCCAAGAGGCCACCCGAGCUCGUUUGGCGCGAGGACUGAGGGAGACGCCAGUGGCGAAGGUCCCCGGAACGAUUCCUGGGCGGGACCCUUGGAGGGUCGCUUUGAAGGACGGGUGGCGACGGGCCUGGCCACACGGGCAAGGAUGGCGGCGGAGGCUGGGCCGGGGGCCGCGGUGCCCCUGGAGCUGCGGCGGGACCGGUGCAUGGUGUGCGUGGAGUACCCGGGCGUGGUGCAAAACGUGUCCAAGAUGCUGCCGACGCUGGGCGGUGAGGAAGGCGUCUCUCGGAUCUACGCAGACCCCACCAAGAGGCUCGAGCUCUACUUCCGGCCCAAGGACCCCUACUGCCACCCUGUGUGUGCCAACCGCUUCAGUACCAGCAGCCUGCUGCUCCGGAUCAAGAGGAAGACGAGGAGGCGGGCCUCGGUGCGGGGCGCUGAGGCCGGCCCCGAGAUCGCCUUUGAGAUGGAGAUCCUUGGCAGUAUCUCCACCACGUACAAGUUCCAAGGAAUGUCCGACUUCCAGUACUUGGCCGUGCACACAGACGAGGGUGGCAGGCACACGUCAAUGUAUGACAAGGUGCUCAUGCUCAAGCCCGAGAAGGAGGACUUCUUCAACCAGGAGCUGCCGCUCUACAUCCCCCCGCCCAUCUUCUCCCGGCUGGACACGCCCGUGGAUUACUUCUACCGGCCGGACAUACAGCACCGGGAAGGCUACAACAAUCCCACCAUCUCAGGCGAGAACCUGAUUGGCCUGAGCCGGGCCCGGCGCCCCCACAACGCCAUCUUUGUCAACUUUGAGGAGGAUGAGGUGCCCAUGCAGCCACUGGAGGCCGCAGUACAGACGUGGAAGAGAGUCUGCACCAACCCCAUCGACCAGAAAGUGGAGGAGGAGCUGAAGAAGCUGUUUGACCUCCGUCCCAUCUGGUCCCGCAGCGCUGUCAAGGCCAACAUCAGCGUCCACCCGGACAAGCUCAAGGUCUUGCUGCCCUUCAUGGCCUACUAUAUGAUAACAGGCCCCUGGAGAAGCCUGUGGAUCCGAUAUGGGUACGACCCCCGGAAAAACCCAGAAGCCAAGAUCUAUCAAGUCCUUGAUUUCCGAAUCCGCUGCGGAAUGAAAUACGGCUACACCCCCAGCGACAUGCCUGUGAAGACAAAGCGCAGUGCCUACAACUACAGCCUCCCCAUCACGGUCAAGAAGACGUCCAGCCAGCUCUCCAUGCAGAACCUGCAACAGGGCCUGGGCCCGGCAGGAAUGGCCAAUACACGGAAGUCAGCCUCCAACAAGUACAAGCUCAAGGACUCAGUCUACAUCUUCCGGGAGGGUGCCCUGCCACCUUAUCGGCAGAUGUUCUAUCAGUUUUGCGAUUUGAACGUGGAAGAUCUGCAGAAGAUCAUCCACCGCAAUGACGGGGCGGAGAACGUGUGCACAGAGCGGGACGGGUGGUGUCUCCCCAAGACCAGCGACGACCUGAGGAACGCCAUGUCCGUCAUGAUCCGGCAGGCCCUCCGCUCCACCAGGCCCGCUCUCUUCUCCAGCCCGACCAAGGCUGACGCAGAGAAAGAGCCGCUGACAUAUGAGUAUGCGGAGGAGGAGGAGGAGGAGGAGGAAGAGGAAGAAGAGGAAGAGGAGUUCAAGCCUUCAGAUGGCAGUGAGAAUGAGAUGGAGACAGAGAUUCUGGACUAUGUGUGAUAAGGCUGCUCUUGAGGCAGGGCCUCUCUGCCCCAGCGAGGCUGCUGUCUGGGCCUCAGGAAGCCAGGCUGCCCCAGAGCCACCCUCCCCGGAGGCCAGCAGGACCUUCAAAGCCCUUCUGCAAGGCUGGAUUCCCAGCAGUGAGCACAGAUCCCCCUGAUCCUGGCUCAGACUUAGUGCUGUGGACAUUCCCUGAAGGUUGUGCCCUGACUUGGUACAACCAUGAUGACCCCUGUCCAGCAGGCUGACUGGUGCCUACCCCCUUUCUCUGGCUAACUCCAGCAACUGUCAAAGGUAGAAGUGGUGUGGCUGGGGAUGGGCUGAUCUUGGAGUGGGCCUCGUGGCCAGGAGCUUGGUCCAUGGUCACAGGUGGCCAAAGACUGUCCUUGAGUUUGGAUCCCACCCACUUGGGGUUAGUGUUGGCAAGGGCCAGGCUCAGCUGGAAUUUUCUUUAUUAAAUGUGUUCCUGCAGAA